CCUAUAGAGGAUAUUAAUCACCCAUCCGCUUUUCUGGGUUUCCUUCGUGGAAAUCCAUAAUAAUGUUUACAACUUCAGCUCCGGUGCCACAAAGUCUGUCUGCGAGACAGAUGAAAUAACCCAGCUCUCUUCAUAUUGGAGAUUGCUCCAUCCAUUUUGCACGUUUUCCAUCCCCAUUCUCAUUUUUUAUGCAUAAUUCGUAGACAAUUAUCCAAUUCGAUGGAUAAUAUCGAAAGAGCCUGCAAUUUCUACAAGUUCGGUUGGUUCAUAAUCAUGUUCAUCAAUUUCAUGUUUGGCAUAUCUGGCAUGACCGUUUGCAGUUUGAAACUGAAGUACGCAGAAAACACCGAGAUGAGAAAUGGUUUCUUCAAAAUAUCGAUGAUAUUCGCGUCUAGCAACCUAAUGCUCAGUAUUUUUUUACUGAUAGCGAUUAUAAAGAAUAGCAAUAAAUACGCGUUUGUAUACGCUUUCCUGAGUUUUGUCAACCUAUUCACUGCGGUAAUAUACAUUGAAAGUAGUACAACAGCCAAUUCCACAUUCAUUACAAUCUUCACCGUUUUUGCUUCACUUUGGCUCCUGUGGUUUCUAAUCUACGGGGCGUAUCAAUUUUUCAUCAAUAAUACAUUAGACAAUGAUUCUGCUACCAUUACCCCUACAGGAGUUAGUGUGUGAAUUGGUUGGAAAAAUUGAUCCUAUACUGGAGUUUUCAAGUGAUAGAAAAUCGAGUGUUGUAAUUAUCCUG